AUGAAUAAGGAGACGAAGGAUCAAAAGAAUGAGAAAGAGAAGGAGGAGAAAAAAGGAGGAGAGAGAGAGAGAAAGAAAGAUUCAAAUGAGGAGAAGGAGGAAGAGAAACGAAAAGAGGAAAAAGAGUGGAGGAGCAAGGUGGAGGAGCAAGCGAAUGAGGAAGAGGAGAAGGAGAAAAAAAGGAGGAGAAAGAGACGGAUGAGAAGGCAAAGGAAUAGAAGCAGGCGUAGGAGGGGAAGGAAUAAAAGGAGGCGAACAAGGCGAAGGAGGGGAAGGAAUAGAAUGAAGCGAAUGAGGGGGAGGAGAAGGAAUAAUGAAGACAAAGGAGGAGGAGAAGGAGGCGAAGGAGGAAAAGAAGGGAGAGAAAGAAAAGGAGGAGAAAGAGAAGGAGUUGAAGACAAAGGAAUAGAAGGAGGCGAAGGAGAAGGAAUAAAAUGA